AUGGUCACACUCACACUCUCACCAAAGAACGGCAACCACACCAGAUACUUCCCACACUCAGGUUAUCUAGGUCUCUCACCCGUCAUCGUCACCGGUUACGUCCAAACCAGAUUAGAGGAAGAUAACCUACCACUAGAAGCAUCAAGACUCGUCGUCAGAAUCAGAUGCUACGAAGCAGUCGGAUCAACACUCUCAAAGGGCACCAGACCAGAAGAACAGCAACAACAACAACAACAACAACAACAACCAUCCUACAACAAACUAUCCAACAUCAACGUACUCUGGCAAACCGAACAGACACUCUGGGCGGCCACUAACCAACUAGAGUAUCAAUCACUAGGAGAUUGGAACGGAUCCUGGAAGCUCAUCAUACCCACCAACGCAGUCGACCCUACUCAACCCAACUCAUCAUCAUCAUCACAACAACAGACAGCCAACUCAUCAUCAUCAUCAUCAUCAUCUGCCGUCGGUUCGAUUACCUACAAGACUUGGAGAUCAUGGUGGCAAGUCGAAACUGUCGUCUAUCACAAACCGGCUGGAAUCCUAGGAUCAAAACUAAUGAAAUCUCAUGGACUCUAUCUGAUCAACUAUCGAGAGGCCGAGAAGUAUUGCAACAGUCCAGAGGAAGCCACAACGACGAUCCAGAGUAGCACGACGAGCAAUACGAGGAUCAGAUACUCUAUCACCUCACCCACCUCAGCAUGCUGUGGAGACGAGAUCCAACUCAAGAUCCAGAUCGGAACUCAUAAACCACAUCAUCAACAACAGCAGCAUCAUCAUCACCAUCAUCACCAUCAUCAUCCAUCAUCAUCCUCCUUCUCCUCCUCAUCCUCACCAGUAACCGCAACAGCAUUCGAAUCGAACAACCAAGAAGCAGAGGAACUGAUCCUCAAACGACUCCAGGUCUCACUCAUCAGACGAUUGGCCAUCGAGCUCUUCAAGUCAUCUCCCCCCUCCACCUCAGCAUCCCAACAACCCCUCCAGAUCGACCACCACCACAAACCAUGGCGACUAGGAAGACAUCUCGCCAACCCCAACCUCCGUCCGAUCAACCCAUUCUCAUCCUCCUCUUCUUCUUCCUCCUCCUCAUUGAUCACCCCUAAUAGCAACAGCAGUAAUAGUAAUAGUAAUCUCAUAGUUCCUACUAGUAAUCUGAAUAGCAAGAGACAGUUCACUACCGUUAAUACUCUCAUCACUAACACCGAAGGCAUCUCCAAAUCUAUCGUCCUCAACCAUCACCUCGAUCAACAUCACCACCACCAGCAGCAGCAGCAGCUUCUAGUCGACCCGCAACAACAACCACUCGUUCGAUAUGAUUAUGGCUUCCUCGUCAAAUUGAAAAUCCCGCUCGUCAAAUCUAAAUCUCAUUACUCCAUCGGUGAAACUUGUAAGACUAAUUUGGCGACAGUUAAUUUCUCAUUUCAAUUCAAAUUAACGAUCAAGAACAAAUUGACCAAUAGAUUAGAGACGAUCGAUUUAUCGGAGCUCAAUUUAGAUGUCUAUUCGAUCUCACGAGCCGAGAUCCAGAGUGCAUUAACUCAACUCAAGAAACUCAGUAGUGGUCACAGUCUCAGUGUCCAUCCAUCGAUCAUCACCAAUCACAUCAACGGUCCGAUUGGGAAUGCAGCCGGAGGAAGUGGUCGGGAUCCGGCCCCCCGUGUCUUCUCUCCCACCGCGCUCUCUCCUCUGCUCUCUCCGCUUCAUCAUCAUCAGCAGCAGCAACAGUUACAGUUACAUCAGCAACAACACCUCCAUCAGCAUCAGCAACAACAACAACAGCAGCAGCAGCAAAAUCAGCAUCAUCAGCAACAACACCAACAUCAGCAUCAGCAACAACAACAGUAUGGCAAACAUAUUCCUGCUCCUAUCGCUUCUUCUUCUUCUUCUUCCUCUGCUUCAACUUCAAAGCCGAACUCACCGUCACCCGAUCACACUCCCUCCCACCAAAUCCCGCCCUUCUCGUUCCCUAUCGAAUCGCUCUCUCCCCAUGAACAUAUGCAUCAUCAUCAUCAUCAACAUCAACAACAACAACAACAACAACAACAACAACAACCUGUUCAUCAUUAAGACUGUUAAUCGUUAACCCUGGUCAUCAUUAACACUGCUACUCUUCACUUCGUUUUUUUUCCUCCUGAUUUUUUUUUUUGCUUGAGCGUUCACUCGAUUAUUUUCUUGCUUCUUUCCUUUCUUUCAGAAAACCCUUGCGUACUUACUUCCUUACUUCCCUACCUACUUGAUUCCUUUUUUUUUCCUUUCCCCCCUCUGUCGUUCUUUCUUUUCUCUUUUUUUGUUUUCCUGUGUCCUAGUUUUUUUUUUUCUUUUUCCGACCUUAAUAUGUGUUUUGGCAAGUCCUGUUUGGUUGGUUGCCGGGUUUUUCUUCUUCUUCUUCAUGCUCUUUUGGUCUUCUUUCACUUUGCUCUUUUUUUUGAGGGUUAUGAAUAGUCAUGUCAGGUACAUAGAGAUACAUACAAACAAACACUGUUUUAUUUCGGUCUUACUUUUUUUUUCAUAUCAGAAUCAUUUCAU